CCAGCUGCUUGAGGUUCGUCCCGGAGCCAGGGAGGCUGUGUGCGCGCCAGGGGUGACAGGCGUGUCUGUGUGUGCCGGUGCGCGCGUGGGCUCCCAACCCGCGGCCAGGCCCUGCACCUGCCCGGCAGCCAGCAGCCGCAGAGAGAGGCGUGCGCCGGCCUGCCCAGGAGAUGGAGCCGACCGAGGUGCUGAAGCCGCGGAGCCUGACGGACCUCAUCCGCAUCCUGCACCAGCUCUUCGCUGGCGACGAGGUCAACGUGGAGGAGGUGCAGGCCGUCCUGGAGGCCUAUGAGAGCGACCCGGCAGAAUGGGCGCUCUAUGCCAAGUUCGACCAGUACCGAUAUACCCGAAAUCUUGUGGAUCAAGGAAAUGGAAAAUUUAAUCUGAUGAUUCUGUGCUGGGGUGAGGGUCAUGGCAGCAGCAUCCAUGACCACACCGACUCCCACUGCUUCCUGAAGAUGCUGCAGGGAAAUCUCAAGGAGACCCUCUUUGCCUGGCCAGACCGAAAGUCCAACGAGAUGACCAAGAAGUCCGAAAGAACCUUGAGGGAGAACCAGUGUGCCUACAUCAACGAUUCCAUUGGCUUGCACCGGGUGGAGAACGUGAGCCACACGGAGCCUGCCGUGAGCCUGCACCUGUACAGCCCGCCCUUCGAUACGUGCCACGCCUUUGACCAAAGAACAGGACACAAGAACAAGGUCACCAUGACAUUCCAUAGCAAGUUUGGAAUCAAGACUCCAUUUAUGACCUCAGGUUCGCUGGAGAACAACUAAGGAGCAGCACAAGCCCUGCUCCCCUGCCCACUCUGUGCUGUGAGCUCCCACGAAGAUGUGCCCAGCGGGAAAGCCUCCCACUUGGGUCUUCCGCAAAGCAGAUGCCGUUAGCUAUGUCUAAGAUCCUGCAAAGGACAUUUCUCCCUGAAGAAAGAAAAACGCAGUCUUGUGAUUUAAAAGGCCAAAUCAAACACUCUCCCUGUUCUUUCUGAGUCCAUUGAAACUAAACUGGGAGUUUCAAUGAGAGUUUGUGAGUUGUUUUUUUUUUUUUUUUUUUUUAGUUUUUUGAAACAUUUUAGUCCUCCGAAUCGUAAUUAGCAAUAACUAAACACAGAGCCCGCAGGCAUCAAAUGCCUGCCUUGUUAGUCGGAGGACCAAAGGCUGAUGAACUUGGGAUUUCUCAGUAUUUGAAGAGAUAGUUUUGAACCUGUGGGUUUUAUUUUUUGAAUCUUAUUUUGCAAAUUCCUUUCCUAUGGGGGACAGGCACACAGCCGUUUGUUACUAAAAGAAGGGCAGUGGAUGAAUCCCAAACUCACAACAAAACCAGAAGUGUGAACUUGUUUCUUAGAUCCCAUGAUCACACUCAAAGACUUUGUACUACUUUCAGAAGAGCCAAAUGAUUUUAAUAAAGCUGGAAUUUGAACAGU